AGCCAGUGUCAAAGUUCAACCACUGGGUGACUGGCGGGUAAUCAAAACACUGACUGUAAAUAAAAAUGAACAAUAUGAUUAAAUGCUGGGAUUCAUGGGUUUAGGAAUUCACUUACUGUAACAUAACAAAGACUUGAAGACAGACUUAAUAAAAAAAGACUUGAAGACAGAAAGACAUCGCAGUCGAUAUUCGUAUCAGUCAGUACAUUCUACUGCUGUGGGUACGGUACUGUACGCCGUGUACGGUACUAGCAGACUGGAUUUUAGACUACCGUACAUCCUUUGGUUACCGUACCUCUGGCAGCCUGGUCUGGUUAUUCAGUUAUUGCCGUGUCUUGUACCUACCGUAGUCCAGUUGCCUGAUCUUUCAGUUAUGGAUGUUUACAUAGUGAAAAUAUUUCACAAGGGUGACAAUGACCUCAAAAUAAAGUUGAGUGGUGAUCAAACAACUAGUAAAGAGUUGAAUGCCUCACCACCAUAUAUAAACUGGAUUCUGCAGACAAGAAAACCUGUGAGAUAUGGCAUAAAUAUAGAAUUAGAUUUUGAUGGCGAGAAGAAACCAAGGAAACAAUCUUCUCACUGGAAAGUUUUAUCAGUUGAAAAUGAUUUUAUCAUUAAUGAUGUGUUUCACAGCGUAUCUUGUAAAUCUGCAGCUGAAAUAUUACUGAAUGCGAGUGAUGAACUUCCUACAACAGGUUCUUAUUUAUUGAACAUAUACUGGGACAUCAGAGGAGACGAGGAUUUCAAUAAAACCAUAGGAGAGAUUACACCUAUUCUUGGAGCGUUAAAGAAAUUGUGUUCAUGGCAUGGUGGACAUUUACAGUUAAUUUCAGAUAACACAGCAGAUGAUAGGCUGUGGGCUAUUGCAAGUUUUGUGGAUGGGAACGCUUCUAUUGUGACAGAAGAUCAAGUUGAUAAUAACGUGAUCAGUUUACAGAAAGAAGUGGUUUGGCGUGGCACUUUUGAUAUAUUAUCUCAGGGUACUCCAUUACAUAGGUUACCUGGAUUCACAUUAUCAAGAUCUGAUGUUGCAGCUGCUAAUAAAACGGAUAUUCAAAUCAGCUAUGAAGCGACAGAAGUACAGGAAUCAAAUUCAAAUAAUUGUUCAUUUACUGAAGAACAAAAGGACCAUGUUUGGUUUGACCCUAACCUGACUUUACUGGAAUAUGUUGAUGUUACAACUAUACCUUUGAUAUUAUUGAGUGGAAAAAAGUUCAUUUUACGCUAUCACAUCAAUGAAAACUUACCAGACGAUAGAAAGAAAGUAGAAAUAUUAAAGAAUUUAUUAAGUUCAAGCCCUGUGGGUGGAUUCCUGUGUAAUAUUGACUAUGCUGUUUCAAAUACUGAAUUUGAACAGAUUCCCGAAUACUCUUCAAAAAAUUGGCAAAAUAUUGUUUUGAAAACUCCAAGAAAUUUAGCAGCUCCAAAAUAUCGAUUUCGUCACAAAUUCCAGUUGUUACAUUUACUAUUGAUGCAGUCAGACUUUGAUCGAUCGAUUUAUGAAAAAAAGGGGAGGAAAAUUAUUCAAUUUUCUGCUCAUAUACUGCACCGGGUAUCAGAAUUGAACUUUGAAUUUUUUAUACAAUCUAUGGACUCGAUGACAAAAACUCUAGGUACUGAUAAUGCUGAAAAAUCUAUCAGUUCAAUUUUGGAUGAUUUACCAACAAUCAACCCUGCAGGAUUGUUUUACAAAGAUGAAAAUUUUAAUGAUAGAAUAUCAAGUGCAAUUAAACAAUGGACAGAAACGAAUUCAACUUCGUCAAUACCUGGUAAUACACUUAAGAAAUUGAUUCAAGAAACCUCAACGCAACUCAAUUUAGAGCAAGAAUCUGUGUUACAUGAUGUAACGAAUCUUCCGAAGGAUACUACUUUGGAACAAAAUUGUGCAUUUCCUGAUUCAGAUACAUUACAUAAAAUGGAGUUGCUAGCUUUAAGAAACAGAGAUAAAAUUAAAAGCGACGUUGAGAGCUCAAAAAUGAGAUCAGUGAAAUCCAGUGAUUCUAUUCGAUCAUGUACUACAGCAAAGCUGAUAGAUAUGCAUUUGAAACCGUUUGAUGUUCUUCAACAUUUUUCAUUGUCUGGUCAACCUAAGAAUGCAAGUUUAAUAAAUUCUGAUGUGAAAUCAGAAGAUCAAUCAUUACCUAGUCCAGGAAAAUUACAAAAUUUCGAUGAAGCAUAUAAACUUUCGUACCACGGCAUAUCGUACAAUAUUGAUGAACGAGCGGCAGAAAAACAUGAUCGAAUGUGCAGAAGAUUAGUGGAACGACAAGUCAAAUUUGAAACAAGUUCGAUUGGCUCUAACGAAAAGGUACCAUCACCUGCUACACUAAACAUAGCAGACUCUCCUGUCCGACGGUCAUCAUUAGCAGGUGAUUCAAAUGCUGGCAAAGUUUCACAUACUCAAAAACGUAUACAGUUACAAAAAGUUGCAGAAAAAUUGUACAAAAAGAGAAUUCGAAGUAGGAGUAGUGUGACUUCAACAUCCUCUCAGAGACUUCCUUCCAGUUCAAUGGUACUCAGAUCUACACCAACCAAAGCCAAGAGUGCAAUGGGCCUUCGCUCUGCUUCAACAUCAGAAAGUACCAGCAGAGAUGUCAAAAAGGUGAAUAAGGAACCAGUAUCAGAAGAUGAGAAAAGGUUACGGAGAAGAACGUAUGUUCAGGACAAUAAGAAAAGGUUACAAGAUCUUAUCACUCUAUCUCUACUCGAAAAUGGACUAACGAAAGAGAGUAAGCGAUUCAUUGCUUGCUCUAAAAGAUUGUAUAACGUCAGUAUGGCAUUUCUGAGAGAUUUGAAAACCUCUAAAGAUCUGGAUAAAAUCAUGAAACAGACUGUAUCUGAUAACGUACAAUCAGUAUUGUCAUUUAAUGCAAUCAUUUAA